AUGACUAGAACUUCUGUCUUAGCUGAUGCUUUAAACUCCAUUAACAACGCCGAAAAGACCGGUAAGCGUCAAGUUUUAAUUAGACCUUCUUCCAAGGUUAUUGUUAAGUUUUUAACAGUUAUGCAAAAGCAUGGUUACAUUGGAGAAUUUGAAUACAUUGAUGACCACAGAUCUGGUAAGAUCGUCGUUCAAUUGAACGGUAGAUUGAACAAGUGUGGUGUUAUCUCCCCAAGAUUCAACGUCAAGAUUGCUGACAUCGAAGGAUGGACCGACAACUUGUUACCAGCCAGACAAUUCGGUUAUGUUAUCUUAACCACAUCUGCCGGUAUCAUGGACCACGAAGAAGCCAGAAGAAAGCACGUUUCUGGUAAGAUUUUGGGUUUCGUUUAUUAG